AUGAGUGGCGAGAUUGAUGCUCUUUACAUAUUUGACGAGCAUAACGCCCCCCUCGUUGAGCAUGUCUACCGAUCCCGCCCGCCAUCGGCCGCGGCCAUCCUGCCCCUCUAUCUUGCUCAUGCUGCCCCACGUCCUUCAUUAAUAUAUCUUCCUGGAACAACACCUCCGGUGACGGUCUUCUCUACCGUACAGUCCAAUCUCUUAUUUCUGGCAUUAUCUGAGGUGGACACAGAGCCCCUUCUGGUUCUAGAGUUCCUUCAUCGGGUUGUUGACAUCCUCGAGGAAUUCGUCGGCGCGCCCUUGCUCUCGAGCAAGAUCCAGGCGAACUACGAGGUCGUUGCGCAGUUACUUCAUGAAAUCUGCGAUGGAGGAAUAGUCUGCAGUACAGAACCCAAUGUUCUCCAAGAAGUUGUGGAGGUGCCCGGGUGGAUGGGGAAGCUCUUGGGUGGGAUCAAUGUGCCCGGCUCCUCUACACCGACAAUUGGAAGUACAAAUCCUCUCAAACAAUCCUUAGCUGCAGCCAAUGCGUCCCAAGGUCCCGCAAUACCCUGGCGGCGCUCCGGCGUUCGGCACACCUCCAAUGAGCUUUACGUCGAUAUUAUCGAGUCUCUAUCCGUCACAGUGGCUCCCUCGGGUCGAGUACUCUCCGCGAUAGCGUCCGGAACGAUCGCUUUCACUGCGAAGAUAUCUGGGGUCCCGGAUCUUCUGCUUUCAUUAUCGACCCCGGGGGGCCAACAAUCACUCGCACGCAAGCUUGAACUGCCAGUAUUCCAUCCUUGUGUGCGACUUGCACGUUGGCGGGAGCGACCAGGCGAGCUGAGCUUUGUACCUCCCGAUGGGCGAUUUAUACUCGCAGGAUACGAAGUUGAUUUAUUGCCAAUCGAGUCCGGUCUUGACCAAGCACCGAGCCACAUGGAGAAGCUCUUCCUCCCCGCGCUUGUCGAUAUCCGCAAGUCAUUAGGUUCUACUGGAGCCGACUUUGAGGUUCGUCUAACUCUGAACACAAAUUUUCCGGGCCAGACUUCUGCCUCUCGGUCGACGGCCUCUCGUGGAGGGUCUGGUACCUCGACUCCAUCGUUCCUCGGGGGUAGUAGCGGGACGUCUUCUGGGCCGGUCCUGGAGGAAGUUGUAGUCACGGUGCCUAUCUCUAAGUCUGUACGACACAUCACUGACAUGCAGGCCAGUCGCGGUGAUGCACAAUUCACCCACGCCACUGGUCUGCUGGAAUGGCGAGUGCCGACGGGUAAAGAUGCCGGGACCAUCACGGGGACCGCUACCCUACGCUGUACGGUCUCUGGAUAUCCCUCACCCGACGAAGAAUUGGAUGAUAGUUUGGAGGAUGAAGAUGCGGAUACAAAUCUUCUGCAAGGGUACUAUGAGGCACCAGCUUCAUAUGACCUGACCACAAGCAGAAGCGGCAAGGCACGAGACCCGUCCAAAGGAAAGAAGAAAAAGAAGAAGAAGUCGUCGAGCAAAAAGUCCCGUGUCACUGAAGAGACCGGCGAGACCCCUGCUGAUGAUGGGUCGGAAGAAAUCCCUGAAGCCAAGACGGCUGCCCGCCACUCCUCCAACCAACAAAUCGCACAAACUCUUGCGCCUACGAAUUCGUCAACACAGCUCCCGUCCUUCUUCACACCCGCCUCGUCUACGCACCGUUCCGCCCCGCGACGGACAAAAGCCCAAAUCAACGCCAGUCUGAUGCCGAAUUCGGCGUCCGUCUCUUUUGCUGUGCGCGGUUGGCUCCCAUCUGGCAUCAAGGUCGAGAGCCUCACGGUCGACCAGCGGCGCAGCCGUGGACUUGGUGAGAGUGUGAAGCCCUACAAGGGGGUGAAAUAUCUUUGUAUCAGCAAGCGCGGUGUGGAGCGGCGAUGUUGA